UCCCGCCUCACCCGGCCCCGUCGCUAGGAGCGGCGGCGCAGGCGCCCUGUGAGGGAAGCGGGCGCCCGGCGCCAUCAUGGGCGUCCCGGGGCUGACGGGCUUCGUGGGCGAGCGCGGGGCGUUUUUCACGGAGCUGCGGCUGCGGGACACCAAGCUGGUCAUCGACGGGAGCAGCCUCUACCACCGGCUGUGCUUCGCCUCCGCCGCCGAGUUCCGCCGCGGCGGCGACUACGGCGCCUUGGCGGCGACCGUGCGCCGUUUCUUCGGCAGCCUGCGGGCUUGCGCCGUCGCCGCCGUCGUGGUGCUGGACGGCGGGCGCGGCGCGGCCGAUCGCAAGCUGCCCACGCUGCGGGACCGCGCCGCCGAGCGGCUGCGGGCUGCCCACGGGCUGUCCCGGGGCCAGGGCGGCUGCCUGCUGCCGCUGCUGGCCCGCCACACCUUCGUGCAGGCGCUGCGCCGGCUGCGCGUCCCCUUCGUGCAGUGCUUCGCCGAGGCCGACCGCGAGAUCGCCGCCCUGGCCAGCUGCUGGGGCUGCCCCGUGCUGUCGCUCGACAGCGAUUUCUGCGUCUUCGACCUGCCCGGGGGCUACUGCCCGCUCAGCCGCUUCCAGUGGCAGGAGGUGUGCCCCGGGGACGGGGCGCCGGGCUGCUUCAUCCCCGCGCUGUGCUUCUCCGCCGACAGCUUCUGCGGCCGCUUCGGCCGCCUGCAGAAGAGCCUGCUGCCGCUCUUCGCCGUCCUCUGCGGGAACGACUACGGCGAGGUGCCGGCCCUCCAGGGCUUCUUCGGCAAGCUGCCCCUGCGGGCCGGCAGCCCCGGGGGGCGGCGGGGCAAGCACGGCCUCAUGCGGGGGCUGCUGGAGUGGCUGGCGCAGUUCUCCGGGCCCACGGAGGCCGUGGAGCACGUUGUGAGGCACCUGAAGGAGCACCGGAGGGAAGAGGUGAGGGAGCUCCUGUGGAGCUCCAUGGAGGACUACGCGCUGUCCGACGUGAACCUGGAGGACUUUUUUAAGGGGGGGAAGUAUGAGUGCGAGGCAGCCAGGAACUCGGGGUUGCCCCAGUGGGUGCUUGAUGGCUUGGCGAAGGGUGAGCUGUCUCCGUUCCUCAGCGAUGCCCUGAUCCUAAGAAGUACCUUCCUCCACGUUCAGGUGGAGAACAUGCAGAGGCCUAGCGCGCACAGCACAGCGCUGCCCAUCCGACAGGUUAUCUACGGACUGCUCCUGAAGGCAUCUCAAAGCUCAGAAGAUGCUUCUGCGAGCAAGCAGGCCAACAAGCCUUCAGGCAUAUUUGAAUUCGACAGAAUCCAAAAGACACUUAAAAAAACAUUUGUUCAAGCAGCAAACCUACCCCCGCGUUUUUGCGAUGAUCAUUUUUCUUUGGACAAGUUAACAGAGGUGCCUAUGUCAUGCCGUCGGAUGCUUUUGCUGGAGACUUUAGGAGUGAAAAUGAGUUUCCUAGAAUCUAUCCCCAGUCACUUACAUCUUCCUGUUGCCGUAACCUGUUAUUGGACAUGUUGUUCAGAACCAAAAGUAAAAUUGCUUCAAUUAAAGGCUCUACUUCUAAUGAUAGUAUCCGGAGAACUUGACAGGGUAACUAAUGAUCCAGAUUCCACAGCUUUACAUGAAGAAGAUAACAGUAUUGCAUAUAACCAGUUCCUGAAAUGGAAGGAGAAGAAAUUGCAAAAUAAAGACUUUGAUUUAGAUGCUGCACAUAGUUUUUGCCAGUGGCAGUGCUGCCUUCAGAUGGGAUUGUAUCUCAACCAGCUACUCUCCACUCCUCUCUCUGAGCCAGACUUAAGUAGGCUUUAUAGUGGGACCCUUGUGCACAGUCUGUAUCAAGAGCUUAAAUCAACACCUUCAGUGGAAAACUUGUUCAGUUCAUCUCCAAAAAUGACUCAGCUUUAUCAGGUUUUGUUGAAUGCAGUGAAGUCAAGUGUAUCUCUGUCACCUUCUGAAAGAAGUCUGGAAACCAAAUCUGAGCCCCACAAAAAGAAGAAAGCAUCUAAGAAGACAAAAGCUGUCAGGUGUCCCGUACCAGAAACUCAGUAUUUAUGUGAUGUUAAUAGGUUUGCAUCACUUGGAGUGGAUGACUGAAAGCAUUAUUCCUGGAAUAAUUUUAACUAUGAAGAUUGAAAUUAUGUUUCAAUAAGUGACACUAGUGGAAUUUUCUUUGCUGUUUUCGUACAAGUUCCCAAUUCAUCUUUACCAAGAAGUCGUCCUUCAGGGUUUUAAUAUUUUUGUAAGUGAGGCUCUUAUAAAAGAGGUGCUAUAUGUAAGUUGUAUUGGUUUCUG